AUGUCGUACGCAAGCGCAUGCUUCGCCCACGUCAGGCCCUCAGCCAUUAAUAAACUGCAAGUAGUGCAAAACAGAUUCAUGCGCAUAGCCACAGGCGCACCCUGGUACCUCAGGAACUCAGAUCUUCAUAGGGACCUCCAACUUCCUACGAUAGCUGCGCACUUCAAGAUGAUCUCAAAGAGAUUCUUCGAUACCGCGUCAAUACAUCCCAACCCGCUAGUAAUCCAAGCGUCAAAUUAUUCCCCGUCACCCAACUCCAAAUUAGGUAAGAGGCGUCCCAAAGACGUCCUCUUAGACCCUGACGACCAGAUCACGACAGACAAUACGAACAAUAAUCCCAACAACACACCAGACAUCAGAAACACACACCGCCUUCGCCGGCGAAGGCGAGGUCCCGUUUCAUACACGUCACUCCGGCGUUCUGCCGUCGGGGGGCGUCAUGUAUUCAAUCAACCCACUAAUACCUCCACGACAACGACGUCCUAA